AUGUCUACGCAAGUUGGUCAAGUUCAACAUACCGAGGUCCUGCCGAAGGGUACGGUGCUCAUUGCAGGUGGUGGUCCUGUGGGCCUGCUCCUAGCAAGAAUAUUGUCAUUCUAUGGAACAAAAUCCAUCCUUUUUGAACGCAACAAGACUACAACCAGAUGGCCCAAAAUGGACCUUACAAAUGCUCGAUCCAUGGAGAUAUUUCGCAAGAUCGGUCUUGUCGAAGGCCUGCGAGAACGAGGUGUCCCGAGUCAUAUCCCCUACAACGUGCUCUUCACGAGUGGCCUCAGCAUCGAUGAGCCCCUCUCAUCGUGGAAGUUCCCCGACGUUGACACGCUCCGGAAGCGAUAUCGGGAGAUAAACGAUGGAGCGCAGCCACUCGAACCAUGGCAGCGAAUUUCACAAAUCCUCUUCGAGAGGUGGCUCAAGGAAAUCUGUGAUGAGGAUCCUCUUAUUGACGUUCGCUUCCGCCAUAAAGUUGAAUCUGUAGUCGAGAACAAGACAGGGGGUCAGGCUAUCACAACCAAUGUCGAAAAUGGAGCGAAGACGUUAUGGAACGCUGAUUAUAUUGUCGGCUGUGACGGUGCCUCGAGCAAAGUUCGACAGUCUCUGGGGAUUUCCAUGGACGGAGACCCACUUCCAGCGCAAGUGCUUCUUAUUCAUUUCAAGUCUAAGGAUCUUACACGUCUGCACAAGCAAGGGCGUUUCUGGCAUCUGCUAUCUGUCGGAGAAUCCGGUGCCUUCCAAGGCGCUGCUAUCUCACAAGACGAAGACGACACUUGGACAUCGAAUCUUUUCAUGCCUCUUGAGGAAGACCCCGAGAAAGUCGGUUCGGAAGAAGCCAUCUACCGAGUGCUCGGAGGGCUGUAUGGCAAGUACGAAAUCAAGGUUGAUAAAGUAUUGGUAAGAUCGGUCGGCCCGCGUGGGCGUGUGAUGCUCGCAGGGGACUCAGCUCACCAGAAUAUCCCUACUGGCGGGUAUGGGAUGAACAUGGGCAUCGGCGAUGCAUUUGACCUGGGCUGGAAGCUAUCUGCAAUCAUCAGCGGCCAGGCAGGCAGAGAGAUACUGGAGUCUUAUGAACUUGAACGCAGGUCUGUGGCUGUCCGCAACGUUGAGCGAUCUGGAGCUCAUCUCUCGGUUCAUAGCCGCCUCCAGGAAUUGCUCACCAGUGCCGGCGAUCCGCGUCUUGUGGAUCAGGACACAGAAGAUGGACAAGCACUUCGCAAGACGAUUGAUGACCAUUACCAGAGGAACGACGGUGAAAACAAAGAUAUUGGUAUCGAGAUGGGAUAUAGAUAUACGUCUCCUAUCAUCAUACGACAAGAGGAAGAUGGUGAGGAACCUCGCUGGUCGCCUCGUGAUUAUAUCCCGAGUACGUGGCCUGGCGCACGACCACCCCACAUCUUCCUCUCGGACGGCACGGCCAUCUUCGACCACCUAGGCAAAUUCUGGAGUUUGCUCGUGUUCACGGCUGAGGAAGUGGGACAGGGCUUCUUUAAGAAAACGACCGAAGAACUGAGCAUUCCAUUGAAAGUGGUGAACAUUGUUGACGAACCGAAAGCAGCAAGUCUGUACGAGAGGAAGCUUAUUCUGAUUCGACCUGAUCAGCACGUAGCUUGGAGGGCUAAUAGGAUGGAUUCUUUCGAGAUGGCAGACAGGGUCUUACGGACCGUGACUAGUAGAAUGGAGCACAAUGGAGUUACAAAAGAAGCUUUGUAA